AUGUACUUAUCAUCCAAGUUACUAAUAUCACAUUACGAAGACGGUACUAAAUCACCACCAAGUAACGCUAGUCUAUUAUUUACACCAAACUCACAGGAUUAUUUCAGGACGUCUUAUCCACAAGUAGAACCUAAUGAUCAAACAAUAAAACAAAAAAUGCCCAAUAUAUGGCACAUUAUACCGAAACAAAGUUAUAUAUUUGGAAUAUCUUGGAGCUUAAGUGAAUUUUUAAUAUCAGUUUUAGAAAAUUUAGCAUAUUAUCAAGAAAUAGCACCUUUCAAUAAUAAUAAAGGUUUGACUGGAAAAAAUGGCAAUAUCGAAGGAAACGUUAGUGGUAGUGAUAGUAACACUAGCAAGAAUUAUGGCAAUGAUAUUGAAAAUGAUGAUGAUUUAUUAACCAACCCAAAUGGCUGUGAUUAUAUCAGAAAAUAUAUUAACUUAGACACCUGUACGGAUGCUCUGCAUUCGAUUUCAUUAUUAUCUAAUAACGUAUAUUAUGGUGAGACAAGACCAUCUAACAAAAAUAUACUUCUCGAUACUAGAGAAAACACAAGUAGGAAAAAGAAACAUAGCAGUGGAAAUGCUAUUAACAAAGGAUUUAAUGAGGAUUCAACAAUAAUAGUAGAUUUCACCAAUAAUACGUUGGGCUAUACCAAUAAUGUCAACAACGACAACAACAACAACAACAACAACAACAAUAAUAAUAAUAAUAAUAGCAAUAGUACUACGGUUAAUAAUAAUAAUGGUAAUAUUAAUAGUAAUGAUAAUGAUAUUAUUAACACCAAUGUAUAUGAUUAUGAUAACAAUAGCACUAGUAGUAGAUUAUUAAUAACACCUGGAAUCGUGACACCAUUAACCCCGACAUCGACACAAUUGAAAUAUUUCCCUCGUAUAAAUAGUAAUACUAAGUUAAUUAAAAAAUUGGUGGCAUGCUUUUUUAUACUAAUAAGUGAUAUUUUUUUAACUAUAGGGCAAUCAUUAAUAAGUUCAAUAUAUUUUAUUUAUGUACCAGGCUACCCACAACUUUUCACCCCCAUAGUUAGAUAUUUUGGUUCUAGGACAUUCAUCCGCUUUGUUCUAAGUAUAAUGUUCCCAUUUAUUGUAUUAGAUUUAAUCACACAUAUAAUUUUAUAUUUUUGGAGGAGCAUUUAUGAAAGUGAUGCUUACUAUUCUUCUCCCAUCCAUAGUGGCAACAACAAUAACAAAACCGACGUUGGUCAAGAAGCUGGGUUGAUAAGUGGCAUUAUUGGUGGUAGUGCUAAUAUUAACCAUAAGUAUGGUAGUAUUGUGCCAGAUGAUGCUAUUUUGCCCGUCUCCUCAUCGACAGGGUAUAAUGAUGCUGACGAAAUAAAUUAUAGUAAUUCACUACAAUAUUUACAGUCAUCAACAAUAGGAAGAAUUGAAAAUUCACCGCUUCUAAAUGGCAUGAUGGCAUCAAAUAACAAUACUAGAAAUAAUGGGCCUUUUGAUAGAUUAAUGAUAGUUGAGCAUUUAAAGAGGUUAACUGCUUAUUGGAGAAAAGUUGGUAUAAGAAAAAGAUUUAUAAUUACAGGUAGUUUAAUUUACGGAGUUAUUGUUUUUACGCUGGGAAUGGUUUUCACUAUUAAACAGUAA